AUGACCCAAACCCGGGCAUCUACCCUAGCCACAGUGGCAAUUCAACACAAGGUGAUCCCUCGGCCCCUACCAAAAGAGUUUAAGAAGCUGUCCAGCCGCGCUACACCUUACGUUCGGUUGUGGUCUAUUAUGCGAAUCACCUCUAGAAACUUAAGGAAGAUGGCGCCCGAAUUCCUAGAUACGGACAAGCCCAUUCGCCAACAAGCACAGGAUCACUGGGCGUCUUUUGUUGAAAAUGCGCAUAAAGCACAGUAUGAUCUAUUAAAGCAUUAUGAAGGUGAUUGGCCAGUCGAGGCCUACAUGACACGCUACCUGUCAAACAGAUUGACCGUCAUAUUGAUGGAGAAGGAAACUAUGGAGGGAAAAAGGAACCAAUCUGUUACCAAAGCAAAAUCGACAAGCCCAAACCAACCGUUGCGGUCCGACCAGUUAAACAGUUCCCUUACUGUCCCUACGCCAAGGGUGUCAGCAUCCGGCACAGUGGCGCACAGCCGCAGCCGCACCCCCUUCCCUACACCUACACCCACUACAUCUGCACCCACACCCUCCCCUCUCGCAGUUUCUACUUAUAGCCCCCUGACCCGUAAUGGUAAUAGCGAUGACUCUGGGCUUAGUUACUUCCUAGGCUCCCUUCAGCCAGAUAUUACGCACAUUCUCCCAGUCCUGAAGGAAAUCGGAAUCACCGAUGGUAAGGAUGUAGAGGCACUCAAACUAUGGCCCUCGGGAAGGCGACGCGAAUUUUUGUCGUACCACUUAGGAGGCAAAUUAUCACCGUUUGAACUCGCAACGUUGGAGCUGGGAACGACAGGAGAAUUGGGACUAGGCAUGGCAUCAAUUAAGAACCUUCAGGCAACUCAAUCAAGUACAAUUGAAAAAAGUCAAGGUGAUAAAAUCAUCACUACGGAAGUGAUGUCGUCCUCGUUGAAAUCGGGACACACCAUCCACAUCCCAACUGAUUCAUCAGGAACGUCACCAAAUUUUGAGAAUUAG